CCUUAGCUCAUGCUACUAAAUUUGGAGUGGCGAUGCUGAUAGGCCAAGACCCCGGAUUAACCCCUUAAUGCGAGUCCUAGCGGCCUCUAGCCAGAGACAAAAACUGGCCCGUCCCAUGCUAAGCCCAUCACUCAGCCGACGCGUAACUUUUUCUUGUUCCUCCAUCAUCAUCACCAAAACCAACAUUCGUUAUUCCUUUUUCACCUACAGUCGCUAUUCUUUCAAGUCUUUUUCAUACUAUUUUUCUACACACAAACACUUCGUCAUCAUGUCUUCCACAACCCUCAGCACCGCCAGCGCCGUCCCCACGGCCUGCACAAACCUCUAUGACACCCCCAACCAGGACAACACCUGCGCCAUGCCUUUCAAGGCCAACCACACCGAGAUCAUGCAGAAGUGCUGCGGCGACGCCAAGAUCGUGAGCUACUACAACGGCUGCGGCCUCUACUGCGUCGCCCUCGACCAGACCAUCGGCGACCUCGCAAAGUGCCUCUUCGCCAACGGCGCCCCCGACGCCGAUGUCUUCUGCAGCGGCAGCAAGAAGACCACAAAGACAAAGGACGCCGACGUCCCCGCUACCGCCCAGGCUAGCGUCAUCUCCGGUGACGAUGAUGAUAAGGACGAUGAUGACAAGAGCUCUACUGGUACUGCUUCUGGUACCUCCACGGCCACCGGUACCAGCUCUUCUAGCUCCGAGACUUCUACUGAGAGUGGAAACGCCGCUGCUGGCUUCGCUCCCAAGUCUAGCAUCAACACCCUUGGUCUCGCCAUUGGUGCUCUGCUCUUCUCCUCCAUGGCUGCUGGUGCUUUCCAGCUGUAAGCAGCUACCUACCUACCUACCAUUGGAUGGAUGUUUUUUGCUUCGGUCAUUCUAUGUCGAUAAUUUGGAAACGGAUCAAUAAUGUUUGCGUGCAUCUAGCAUUUGGGCGGUGCGUAAAAUAUUGAUGGAUAUCAUAUCAUAAUUGGAUUCAUGUGCUUUGGAAAAUGGAAAUGUACACUUUAAUAGGCAGUCUAUCGCUUGAUAUACAAAAUUGCUCCCCCCCAG